GAAUUCAAUGUGCAGACUCUCUGAGCCGAGCUUUGGGGUCACCUAAGUACCCCAUCCUCCAGAUUCUUCGCAGGCUAUUGGACUUGGAAUUCACUCCAUUCUUGAGAACAUGGGGAUUGGAAUAAGAAUCAGGGCAUAAGGAAGCAAUUUCUACCCAUACAGACUUUAAGACAUAAAAUUGCAGCACAUCACAAACUCUUCAUCCUUGUAUGAAGUGCCCUGCCUCCACACAAACAAGGAAACCAUCUUGGGAUCUGUCACCAAUCAGGCCUCUCUGAAAAGAUGUCAAUAUGUUUAAAACAGAGGAACCAAAAGGAGUGAAGAAAGAAUUGGGGAGUCAUUAGAUUUGGGUUCAAACCUAAGUUCUGCUGAGGAGAAUGUUUCACUGACUGACCUCCUUUGCGUUCAAAUGAAGAAAAGUCAACAAUAAAAUUUCUUGGGAAUGUAAGCAGGACAUAACUUUUGAGCCUGAGGAGAUGCAAUCCCAGGCAGUAAGAGGGAGAGAAAAAGGGAAGAGAGACAGAAGAAGAUGGGAAGCGGCCUUAUGAUGCUUGGGUCAUCGGCAGAAGGCAGUAAGAACAUCUGUGCCACCAUAUACAAUACUGCCAGACGAGUGGCAUGGCCACACCAUGCCUCAGGAAUAUUUUAGUGGAUAAACCAAAUGACCAGUCUUCAAGAUGGUCUUCAGAGAGCAACUAUCCUCCUCAGUACUUGAUUCUGAAACUUGAAAGACCUGCUAUAGUUCAGAAUAUCACAUUUGGAAAAUAUGAGAAAACUCAUGUCUGUAAUUUGAAGAAAUUUAAAGUCUUUGGCGGCAUGAAUGAAGAAAAUAUGACAGAGCUAUUGUCCAGUGGCUUAAAGAAUGAUUAUAACAAAGAAACAUUCACUUUGAAGCAUAAAAUUGAUGAACAGAUGUUUCCGUGUCGCUUCAUUAAAAUAGUUCCACUCUUGUCCUGGGGGCCCAGCUUUAACUUCAGCAUCUGGUAUGUUGAACUCAGUGGUAUUGAUGAUCCUGAUGUAGUACAACCCUGUCUCAACUGGUAUAGCAAGUACCGUGAACAGGAAGCCAUUCGCCUUUGCCUAAAACACUUCAGACAGCACAACUAUACAGAGGCUUUUGAAUCACUGCAAAAGAAAACCAAGAUUGCAUUGGAACAUCCUAUGUUAACAGAUCUGCAUGACAAACUGGUGUUGAAGGGUGAUUUCGAUGCUUGUGAAGAGCUGAUUGAAAAAGCUGUAAAUGGUCUCUGUUUAAACACCCCCACCCCUGUUAAUGUCAUGUACUUGACCAUUGAGUGCAGUAAUGACUUUAUAUCUAAUGGCCUGUUCAAUCAGUAUAUCAGUCAACAGGAGUAUAAGCCACGAUGGAGUCAAAUCAUUCCCAAAAGCACCAAAGGUGAUGGAGAAGAUAACCGACCAGGAAUGAGAGGGGGCCAUCAGAUGGUUAUUGAUGUUCAAACAGAGACCGUUUAUUUGUUUGGUGGCUGGGAUGGAACACAAGAUCUUGCUGACUUCUGGGCAUACAGUGUGAAGGAGAACCAGUGGACAUGUAUCUCUAGAGACACUGAGAAAGAGAAUGGUCCUAGCGCCAGAUCAUGUCAUAAAAUGUGCAUUGACAUUCAGCGGAGGCAAAUCUACACAUUGGGACGUUAUUUGGAUUCCUCUGUGAGGAACAGCAAAUCUCUGAAAAGUGACUUCUAUCGUUACGACAUUGACACAAACACGUGGAUGUUAUUAAGUGAAGAUACUGCUGCUGAUGGAGGGCCAAAACUGGUGUUUGAUCAUCAGAUGUGUAUGGACUCAGAAAAACAUAUGAUCUACACCUUUGGUGGUAGAAUUUUGACAUGUAAUGGCAGCGUAGAUGACAGCAGAGCCAGUGAACCACAAUUCAGUGGGUUGUUUGCUUUCAACUGUCAAUGUCAAACCUGGAAACUUCUUCGAGAGGACUCCUGUAAUGCUGGGCCUGAGGACAUCCAGUCUCGCAUAGGACACUGCAUGCUAUUCCACUCAAAAAAUCGUUGCUUAUAUGUGUUUGGAGGCCAGCGAUCAAAGACCUAUUUAAAUGAUUUCUUUAGUUAUGAUGUGGACUCUGAUCAUGUAGACAUAAUAUCAGAUGGCACCAAGAAAGACUCUGGGAUGGUUCCGAUGACAGGAUUCACACAGAGAGCAACUAUUGAUCCAGAACUGAAUGAAAUACAUGUCUUAUCUGGACUCAGCAAAGACAAGGAAAAAAGGGAAGAGAAUGUCAGAAAUUCAUUCUGGAUCUAUGACAUUGUGAGGAAUAGUUGGUCUUGCGUCUAUAAGAAUGAUCAAGCUGCAAAAGACAAUCCAAGUAAAAGUCUGCAGGAAGAAGAACCAUGUCCAAGAUUUGCCCACCAGCUUGUUUAUGAUGAGUUACACAAGGUUCAUUAUUUAUUUGGUGGAAAUCCAGGAAAAUCUUGCUCUCCAAAGAUGAGACUUGAUGACUUCUGGUCACUGAAAUUGUGUAGACCUUCAAAAGAUUACUUAUUGAGGCAUUGCAAGUAUCUCAUAAGAAAACACAGGUUUGAAGAAAAGGCUCAAAUGGAUCCCCUUAGUGCUCUAAAAUAUUUACAAAAUGAUCUUUAUAUAACUGUGGAUCAUUCAGAUCCAGAAGAGACAAAAGAGUUUCAGCUCCUAGCUUCAGCUCUAUUCAAAUCUGGUUCUGAUUUUACAGCUCUAGGCUUUUCGGAUGUGGAUCACACCUAUGCUCAAAGAACUCAGCUCUUUGACACCUUAGUAAAUUUCUUUCCUGACAGCAUGACUCCUCCUAAAGGCAACCUGGUAGACCUCAUCACACUGUAACUGAAGAGUCCCCAAGCACAGAAACAGAAAACGAGAGUCUGCUUUCAGCGUUUUGGAGUGCAACUCUGUUGACUGAGGUGAAGCUGCAGUGAUUAAGGACUGUGCUGGAGUUUGAAAGGGAUCUUUACCAUCAAAAGUUUUAACCCUCUUCCUUCAUACUUGACCUCAACCCUAUUCUCCUCAUCUUAUUUCUAAAUUAGGCUAAUAAAGUGAAAUUGGUAUACUUUCCAUUUAAAUAUACAUAUUUUUCUUUAACUUUUAAGAAUUAAUGAAUAUUUAAAAAAAUAGGCAGUUUACCCUUUUCAGAUUUUUCUUUUUUUUUUUUUUUAAUUGGGAGAUCAGCAUUACUAACAGAUUGAGUACUACAAGAAUUUUGGGUUUUGUUGUUGGAUUAUUUGGUCUUUAUUUCUUCUUUCUCUUCUUUCACUUUACCUCACAUAGUGCAACUGCGUGUAAGUGGUGUCACUAGUUGACCUUAACAGGUAUAUAGUUCUGUAGAACAGUUGAUGUACGUUAAGGUGACAUGUGAAUAUGUUGACUUGUCUAGUAUUACAUUAAACAGUAGACAGGAUAGAGAGCUCCAGUUUGCACUUCUUGCCAUAGAAACUCAAGAUUGACCCAGGUAUCCUAUCAGAGAUUGGUAUAUAAUGUUUCUAUAAUGAUAUAUUUUAUAGUAGAUAUUAUAGUAGCAUUUGGCUUUAAGUCACAGAAACCUGAAACAGAAGAUUAUAAUUGAAAAAUGUUAAGAGCCAUUCUAAAAAUGACCACCAAGAGAGAUCCAGUGAGUAAUUAAUAUGUUUAUUCUAUCUUUUUAGCAAUUUUAAAAGAAAAUGGCUCUUUUCUCUGAUAGAGCUAUGUAGAACCAGGGCUCUCUUUUCUCCUUUGUGCUGUCUGUAUGUAGUAGUUCCCUUUGGGGGUGCAGGCUUCCAGAGCUGCACUUGCAUUUUUUUUCCAUGCAUCUCCCUGCAUCUACUUCUAAACACUGGUAUUUUGAAGAGUAAUAAUUUUUGCUUAUUCAUUAGUAUACAGCUAAUAAGCAUUUUAUUAAGCACAUGGAUCAGGCUUUUUUAAGUGGAGAAAAGGAAAAUAAUGGUACAAAUUAAACAGAAACAAAAUCAUAAUAGGUGAGGUGUUCCAUAGUUCCACUUUUGUGAAGGAAUGGGUAUAUAUCUUCCCAUAAGAAGUUGUGGAAUGUAAUAUGAGAAACCUACAUAUAGCUAGGGCUCACAUUUGCUCAAAAAGUGUGCCUCAUGCAACUGAUACCAUGCUGAAAGCAGACUCAAUAUAAUGUUCAUCUCAGCUGUUAAAAGAGUGGAAGACUUUGUAGAAUUACCUCCCUGAGUAGAAAGAUGAGGUCUCACUAGAAAAGGAAGAAAUUGACCUGCACUUUCAAACAGUAUCAUGUAUAGGAAUGAGAUUUUGAGAUAUCUUUUCACUCUCUUUAUUACUUGGUUUUCCUUAUUUUGGGGAUGAGCAGAAGUAUAUUUUUGCUAGUUUUAUCCUUGAAUCAUGGACUUUAUGAUUUUCAAGUGUCCCAAAAAAUAAUAGUGAUUUAUUAAACAUUUAGGUCUGUACCUUUAUCUUGUGAAAAGUAUACUGUGUAAUUCAGCAAAUGCCAAAUUAUGUAGAUACACAAUAAUUCAUUGACUGUACAAUCAAGUAAAUUUAUUCUAGUUAGACUUGUACAGUUUCAUAAAGUAAUUCCAAGUGACAGUCUGAACAUAAAAUAUUAAUAUCACUAAUAUUAUAGCACAUUGAAUUUGAUUUUGUGGAAAUAGAUGCAAAUUAGAAGAUUAACAGAAAAGAACUUGGACUUGAUAAGACUGCCAAAAUUUAAAAUCUCUAGUUUGGUUAGCAUGAAUUCUGGCACUUUAAAACAUUUACCAAAUGAAAUUUUGCUGCCCUCCACCAUUUGUUUUAACAGUGCCUUUUUUAUCAUUUUUUUUUUUCAUCAAUUCCUCAGUCUCCAUAUUAUUUGGAGAAAGUUUAGUUCUUAAUUGCAGUGAUUUUUGUCUUUUUUUUUCCUAAUUACAUUUCUCUAGUUUUUUUUUAAUAUAUACCUAUUUUAAUUUCAUGUUUUCUUAUAUUUAGGUGAAAAUCCCUCCCCCUUUUUUGUUGUUGUUACAUGUUUAAAUGUUGUUGAAUCAUAGUGAAAUAUUUUGUGUUGCCUAAGUGAGAUAGACUUACUGAGGAGAGAACUAACUAGAUAAGUUAGGAUCUGUCCCUUGGAAAUUUAAUGGAGCACUGCCAGGAUUGACUGCAGAGAACAUAGGGCUUUGAAUAUCCACGUUCAAGAUCGAUACAUCAUUCACCCCAUUGCAUAUCAGAACCCUCGUUUGGAACAUGUUCAGUGAGGACCGACGUACAUUUCUCAAAAUUCCAACAUUAUAUUAUAUUUAGCUGGCCAAAUAUGUAUGCUCUAUUACUUAAAAAUUCUUUCACUCUAGCUUAGUACCAAAUUCAAACACCUGGCUGAUGCUUUAGACACAUUAAUUGGUAGGGUACAAUUUGCUUAAUUUUAUCCUCAUUCCCAAUUCUCUUUUCCCCAGUGGAAUAUAUUAUAUUCAACCAAAAAUAAACUAGAUCUCUAAUAUCAUUUUUAGUGCUUGUAUUUUGUGAGAAAUGAUUUGAUUUGCAAGUCACUUCUCAAAUGCAUUUUGUUUUGUGAAAUAACAGAGACCUCACAUGGACAGCUUGAUUAAUUCGGAGCACAUCACUCUCAUUCAAGCAAAGGAAUUCAUAAUUGGGUGCCUACCUCUGUGCUGCAGUUGACAAUGUUAACCUUUAUCAAAGGUAUCUUUUUAGUUGUGACUGUCCAUGUCUAAUAAGUAAAAUCUGAAAGAAAACAUUAAAAAGUGAAGUCACUGGUUUGUCAGAAAAUCUUGUCGGAUGUAGGGCUCAGUAAUUCUGUAAGCUUGAAAAGCUGCAUUUGUGAGUGAAAUAUGUAUAUCGUUUAUAAGUGGCUGGCAAUUUGUUAUUCCAGUAGAUCUCUUCACAUCUGCCUUAAGAGUGUUGUCAUACUCUUCAGUCUCAGUUACUUUGAGGAAGCCAGUCUGGGCAACUUAGGGAGAUCCUGUGUCCAAACAAAAACAAAAAACAAAAAACGUAUUGGGGAUAUAACUUAGUAGUAAAAUGCUUCCUGGAAUCAGUAAUGCCAAAAAAAGAAAGUGCUGUGUAGAUAUACACAUUAACAGAGUUUUGUUUAAUAAAACAAGAUUUUAAAAUCUAACUAACAAAUGAAAACCAGUUUGAGACUUUUGAUCAUUUUGUGAGAGAUUAAGAAUGAUGCUUAAUAGGUCAAAAAGCACAAGUAUUUUCCUAAUUUUGUUUCCUGAGUUUUAAUUUCGUGGUAAUUACACAAAGAUGUUAAUCUGUAAUUAUUCUUAACACUACGUGAAAUUCUUUGGUAUUGGUGAGUCAUUUGAUUUUUCCCUGAGUGAAAGUUGUGUGAAAUCCUUGGCUGAAUGGUGCAUAACAGUUGAGGAUUAUGGUUUGAAGUGAUUUCUCUGGGAGGAGAUCAUUACAAUGUGUACUGUAAGUCAUACAGCUAUAAAAUAUGUACUCUCUAAUGCUUCUUAAUAAUCCUUGUUGAUCCACAGUCUCAUCCCCUUUGCCAAAAUUUCUGGCUAAAUUUCCACCAAGUUGAAAUUAGGAGGUGGUCUAGGAUGUGAGGUUCCCCCAAAAAAGUCUAUAGUGGGAGGAGUAUCAUGGAGGUCGGCAUAUAUCAAUACUGUUAGAUUAUCUUUGGGCUCUUUAAUAAUACAAAGAUUUUUGUUUUCCAUAUUAGAGAAAUAACAUUAUUAUUUUGUGGGUUUGACUGUGGCUUAUAUCUCUGUAUGAUUUGUCUUAAUGCUGAUUGGCUAUCCAAACCUUGUGGUCUAGCAAUAUAUCAUUUAAGGGUCAUAGUUUCCAAGUUGGUUGAAGUAACAUGGAGCCAGUUAGCUCAGCUGAAUGACAUUGCCAAAGUCACAAAGUGGGGGACUUAUUAUUACAGUCUGUUGAUUUCUUCACCAAAUGCUCUUUUUGUUUUUCUCAGACCUAUUUCAGAGUUUUUAUUUAUUCCUGAUUUUUUUAACCUUCAAUUUUUCCUACUCACCAAAUACUGUGAAUUGUGUUUCCAUUUAUUUUUUCUAAGCUAAUUUAACUUUUAUUAACUUUUGUAGCCCUGGACUUCCUUGAUAUCCAUGCAUUGCUUAGGACAAUUGUAGUGCUUGGAAAAAACAGGUCAACAUCAUUUUGAGGCAGAUAUGUUCUGUUAUCCUUGCUUAUGACAAGAGAGUAGUGAAAUUUUAAAAUGUAUAUUAUUAAAGAAAUAACAUUUUGAUAUUGCUAUAAACAUGUACGUGUCAUUUUCAUUGGGGAAUAGUAAUGGUGGCUUUGCAGGGCAGCUCUUAUGGAGGAGCUAUUGGUAGAGUUUAAAUUUUAUAAGAGAACACGUGGAAUUUGGCAUGCCAUCAGAAUUUUCAUUUGCCUAGUUUCUUUUUAUUUUAUUUCUGUCCUUUUUAUCUCCGUUCCCAUUUCACUUAAGUAGUUUUGAUUUUCUGUUGAAGUUGGAAUUUGGGUUAAGAACUGGCAUUUGACUCCUGAUAUAGUUGAAUAUUAGAAAUAGCUUUAACUGCCAUGAAAAUGAUGGAUAUUCUCUUUUUUUCCCCCCCCAAAUAAAAAUAACAUGGCCACAUAACAUUUCUUCCCCUCAAGAAUGUGAAUUUAGAUCCAGUUCCAAAUGACAAAUUUCCUUCUCAUACAGCCAGUGAUGAAAUCAUCUUAUAGUAACUUGUAUAGACCUUAACCUAAGGAGUCAUUAGAGGAUAGAGUAAAUGAGAGAAGACCCUUCAGCAUCUUGAAUUGUAUCCCAGGUCACUACUUAACACACACAAAAAAAAAACAGGAUGAUUCUGGUUGAUCUUCUAAUUAAAGUCAUCAUUUAGAAAUUCUAUUAAUACAAUCAUGUCCCCCUAACACUGUUAAACUUGCUUAAAACUAGAAUUUUAUGUGGAUGUUAUCUGAGAACUAGAGUGUCAAGGAAACAUGGUGGUGAAAGAGGAGAGUGUUUGGUAGGGAAGGUAACCAGUUGUAAGAAAUCACAAUUAUGAGAUCAUGUGUGUUCCUUUUCAUCUCCUGUUGAAACAGCAUGAAGUGUGUGUGAUGCCCUAUUUUGACUAAAACAUUUUGACUUUGAAGUAUUGAACUUCAGAAACAGUUGAAGAGGUGAGGCUAUAUUAGAAAAGAUAGUAGUAACUUCAUGAGUUUGAAGUUUUGAAUUUAAAUAAAGCAGAAAACUCUUCGUUUUUAACUGUGAAUAAUUUUCAUAAUGUAGUACUAUGGAAAAGAAUCAAAAGUAAUCAAAGCUUAUGUGUCUAGAAUAUUCAGUUAUUGUUACUAGUCUUUGGAAAAUAACAUGUCUUUGUUAGUUACUGUUCACCUCUUCUCAAGUAGUUGUUGGAGAUCUUAAGAUAAAACAGAAACCCUAGUGUAAACAAUUUCUUGAUAGGUAUCCAGAGGAAAAACUAGCAGUAAAAUAUUUUAACAUGCAGUUGUUGAGCUCCCAAAGGACUUGCUUCUUCAUCUAGUUUAAGCACUUGCUGAAACAUGGUUCUGGACCAUCUGGGAUGCUGGCAUUCCCAGCAGUGAAUUCAGAAUUCUGAGCAGUGAAUUGUGACUGCCACACAAAUACCAGCUUGAGGAGAUACCCUUCUUCACUUUCAGUCAUGAAAGCCAGAUUAAUUGGCAGAAGGAGAAAUAUACAGAUAUAUAGAACAGUUCUGUGUGUGUGAUUAAGAAGUUGCUCAAGUAGCCAAUUUUGAGCUUUAUUUCUUUCCUUUAUUAGCAUAUCUCAAGAAAAUCUUUCUUACAGUUAGCAAGUGUCAUUAGGUUGGUAUUCAUUUCGUAGGCUUUUAAAAUAGGAAGAAAAUUGUUAUCUCAUGUAUAACUUACAACCCAUACAGUAUUGACAUGACAUUAGUUUCAUGCUUUAAAAAUGAAUUCAUCAUAUAUAUAAUCCUAGGGGUCUCAGUUCUGCUUUGCCAAGAAAUACAUGAGUCCUGGAUAUUACAGGUAUUUGAUAAUUUUGGUUUUUUUCUUUAGGUCUUCUCCACAUUUGUAAAGUGAUUGAUUAGGUAGCUAGAAUAAGCCCCAACUCCCUUGCAACUGGCAUAAUUUUACAAAUUCAGUUGAAUCAAAAGAGUGGAUCUUAAACUAUAAGCAUAUAUUUGCGAAUGACUCUUUAACAUGUCGCAUUGUAAUUGCCGUAUUUACCUUUGAUUAUUUGUUUGUGGUGCAUGGGAUCAACCCAGGAUUUCUAUCAGAUUUCAAUCAGAGGAUUUCUAGUUUCCCUUCUGACCAUUGAGGACAUAGAUGGGUGGCUUUAUAUUUUUGAAUUGCAUCCUUAUGAGAUCCCACGGUACUUUUACCUUUGUAAAAUCUUUGCUGUUUUACAUACACAUUAGCUAUGCUCAUAAAAGCACUAACUGCAAAGUUGUAAGGCAUAGGAAAGUAAUUGUCAGCCCAACCCCCAAUUUGAUAAGAUAUCAAGGUCUAAAAUAUGAGAUUAAAUAUGAGGAGAAGUCUUCUAUAGGGGAAGACUUUUUUUUUUAAGUCAUGUACUUAAUUUUCAGAUUUUUUUUCCUUUCCCAGAAAAAAUGAUUUGUGAGUAACCAGUUAUAAGUGAUUUUCUUCCUUAAUUAUAAAGCUCCUAUUUAGAAAAAUAAAAGUGGAUUACCUUUCUUACCCAUUACAUUUAGCCUGAACAAGAGAUACUUUUGAUUGUAUUAUUCUUUAAGCUAGCCUACUUUUGUGACUUGUGUGAAAUGUCUUUUGAAAUUAAAUUAGAUUAGGAAGUAUGAAUUAUCUUUUUUAUUGUUUUUUUAGUUAUAGAUGGAAGCAAUACUUUAUUUUAUUUAUUUAUUUUUAUGUGGUGCUGUGUGUUUCUUUUUAAAGAUUCCUUCCCUUACCAUCACUUCAAAAUCUAUGUAAAGUGGAGUCUUCAACCUCAAAAUAAUAUGACAGAAAACCUCUUUGUCUUAGUCUUGGGAACAUACAGUAUUCCAUCUUUCCAAAUGACAUAUUUAUAAACAGCUUGGUAAAGAUGUUAGAAAUUUUUUUAAAGUCAGCUCAUUUAUGAACUAGAAGUACUUAGUGGCCAGAAACUAAGAUCCCUUCAGACAGAAAGAGAUCUUCAAACCCAAAGUUGGACUGGAAAUUAGAUUGAGAAGAUGAAGCUCCACCAUCACCAGGGGAAUCUCAUCCUUCAGGGAAACAUGCUAUGAUAGCAAGCAGCUCAUUUGACAGUUGGACUGUGUUAAAUGCCAUUUAUGUCAUUUUAAAAACAUGAAUUGAUUUUGUGAUUAUAAAAAUAUGCUUAUCAUAGAAAACUGCUAUUUGUAAAGAAGGAAACCCCUUGUUAAUUGGUGAGGCCUCUCCACUUUCUUUUCUGACUUUUUUCAUUAUGAAAAAUGGCAACGUCCUGAAAAAAUUAAAAAAAAAAAAAAAGUUAACAGAGUUUUCUACCACCUGCAUGUAGGAAGGCCCAGACAGCAAGAUAUAUCCCACCUUUACUUACCUUCCUUAAGCAUUAUCUUCUGGACAGUCUGAAAAUAAUGAUGUUGAUAAGUAUCUUUAAGCCUGAAAAGUUCAGGUCAUUGGAAAUUUCACCCCAAGACUCAUUUGAAUUUUUAUGCUCUUUAGAUAUAUGGAAUCUGUUCAGAUUAUGAGGAGCCUUGUGUUUGUGAUACACUUCAUUACAUGGCCAAAAUUCAACACACACUCAAAAAGGUAGAGUUACUUUUUUGCAGAGCAAAACAAAAUAGACAAAAUGAACAUAUUUCUCUAAACAUCAGCUAAGAUUAACAAGUUUUUCACCUCCAUAAUAUUUCAGAUGAGAUUGUAUGAGAAAACACCUUGUUGGGUUCUCCUCUUUCCUUUAACCCUCUCUUAUGGGGUUAGACUGUAUCCUCAAGUACCUGAAUCAGAUGGAAGGCUGGCAAGAGCUAUUUGGAGAAUUUAAAGAGUGCUUUUUUGGGUAUCAGAUCUCUUCUAACAUCAAUUGUUUAAACAUUGUUGGGUUAUAUUAUAUUCUGUGGUCUUCCCUAUCCGUUUUGUGAUCCUUUCUGGUUUGCCUUUUAUCCAAUUCAUGUGGAUAUUUUGGGAUUUUUUUUUUUUAAGUACAGGUAAUUUUCUAAUCCCAGGUUUGGUACAUAUGUUACCACUAUGUGAGUAAAUAUGAGUGAUCUGCUGAACAACUGCAAUUGUAGAAUUAUGUUGUAUGUAAUGUACAUAUGGAGAAAGAAUGUAUUUUGUUCAUUUUCUUAAUAAAAAGUUAUAUAUG